AUGACGCGAAGAAUAGUGUAUGGCGUGGGCCUUGUGCUCGCCAUUGUCUCAACAAUCAUGACGAUAGCGAGUAUUGCCAUGCCGCGCUGGGUCAGCUAUAGCCCUGACGGCAAACGCGAAUACUCCUACGGCCUUCACAGCCGCUGCUCAGCCGUCACAGGUGCCUGCGUGCCCUUUCCCCGCGACACCGACUGUACCAAGGACCCGUCCUUUUGCAACAUGUGGCGCACAGUUGGCUUCCUGAUAUCGUUUGGUGUCGUCGUAGAGCUGUGCACACUAGUCUCCUUCGUGGUGAUCAUCUCCGGCGGUGUACAGAGAAGAGCAGCGGGAUGGCAGGUUGCUGCUGGUGUAUUAGCGUUUAGCGCUAUUGUGCAGUGCGCGGGCAUGUCCAUUGUGGCUUUCCUCUUCGACCACGACUCCCGCUUCUGGGACGGCUGGAACCUCGACAUUUCCUGGUCUCUCUGCACCGCCAGCUGGGCCAUCCUGGCCCUCACAUGUCUCGGCAUUGUCGCGUCUGCCCUCUACCUCCCCGUCGAGGGCGACUACGAGCUCAUUCCAGACCAGUCGCAAAUGGAGCCAGACGAUCGGCUUCUUUCACGAAUCGCGGCCUGGGAUAAUGGUUACAAGGGUACGGAUUCAGGCAUGCAGUAUAGCUAUCAGAGAGAUCAGGAUUCAAUGAGUGACAUCUCCGUUGCUGCGAGCAGUCGGCGACCAUCGAGCACCCGGCGAUGA